AAACAACAUUGACACAAGUAAUAACUCUCUCCACCAUCUUUCGCUAUGUCUCUCUCUGAAUCAUAGAUCCACCAAAAAUACUCAAUUAUUUCACAUAUAUAAACACACAUUCAUUUACUUUUACAUUUAUCAUCCAAAAUUCAUAGCCGCGUGAACAUUUAAUGCUUCUCCAACCGUUAAACAAAUAAACUUUAUAAAAUAACAUUUUCUCAUUCUCUCCAUAUUCUUCAAAACUAUAUUAUAUAAACACAUUUUUAGUUUCUUCACAAUUCACAAAACAUCUCUCUCCUUCUUCUCCCUUUCACUCACUAUCUUGCUCUUAGAAAAAGAUGGCGAGAAUGUGUUUAAUGAUAAUGAUUAUGGUUGCUAUGACCAUGAACAUUGCUAAGAGUGAUCCCAUUGCACCCUGUUACUUCAUAUUUGGUGACUCUUUGGUUGAUAAUGGCAAUAACAAUCAGCUUCAGUCAUUAGCUAGAGCUAAUUACUUUCCUUAUGGUAUUGAUUUUGCUGCCGGUCCAACCGGUCGGUUUAGCAACGGCAGAACCACCGUUGAUGUUAUCGCUGAGCUUUUGGGGUUCGACGACUACAUUACACCGUACGCCUCUGCUAGAGGACAAGACAUUCUCCGAGGAGUUAACUAUGCUUCCGCUGCUGCCGGAAUCCGAGACGAAACCGGCAGACAAUUGGGAGGUAGAAUAGCAUUUGCAGGACAAGUAGCUAAUCACGUGAACACUGUGUCACAAGUAGUGAACAUACUUGGUGAUCAAAACGAAGCCUCGAAUUACCUCAGCAAAUGCAUUUACUCUAUCGGAUUAGGCAGUAACGAUUAUCUCAACAACUACUUCAUGCCCAAUUUUUACUCUACCGGUAACCAGUUCUCCCCCGAAUCCUAUGCCGACGAUCUCGUUGCCCGUUACACCGAGCAACUCAGGAUAUUGUAUACCAAUGGAGCGAGGAAGUUUGCGUUGAUAGGAGUCGGGGCAAUCGGUUGCAGCCCGAACGAGCUAGCUCAGAACAGCAGAGAUGGAAGAACGUGUGACGAAAGAAUCAACUCAGCAAACAGAAUCUUCAACAGCAAACUUAUAUCUAUAGUUGACGCUUUUAACCAGAACACACCAGACGCAAAAUUCACUUACAUCAACGCUUAUGGCAUCUUCCAAGACAUUGUUACAAACCCUGCUCGAUACGGGUUUAGUGUGACAAAUGCAGGAUGUUGUGGAGUUGGGAGGAAUAAUGGACAGAUAACUUGUCUUCCAGGUCAAGCACCAUGUCUAAAUAGGAAUGAGUAUGUGUUUUGGGAUGCGUUUCACCCCGGUGAAGCUGCGAAUAUUGUUAUCGGAAGACGAUCUUUUAAGCGAGAAGCUGCUUCUGAUGCUCAUCCUUAUGAUAUUCAGCAGCUAGCAUCUCUCUAAAGAGGGAAAGAUCUUUUGCUUGUGUAAGUGUUUUGAUAGUUCCUUCAAUGGCAGCUGAGUUUUGGACUCAAGAAAAAAAAAGUGAUUUGGUUUGUGUUAUGUGAUGUCAUAACUGUUUAUGUAAUGAUUUGGAGUUACUGUUUCUCUCUAUUUUUUCUUAACUCUUUUAUAAACUUGAUUCUUUUAUUACAAAUUUGUUACUUU